AUGCCUUCCCCCCGGCCCCAGGACCCCCCCCAAGUCCAGCUGUCUGCUAGCCUAGGUCCCGGAGUGCCCGUGGUUUCCCCGCGGCUCCCCACCCCACUCUUCCCAUCCAUGGGCCCCUUGGGCACAGGCUGGCUCCUGUGGGCACUGCUCUUUGCCCUGGGGCUGAGCUCCCAGGCGCGUGUCCACGCUCAGGAUGCUGUGGCGCUGGCCCAGGUGCCCACGUUGCUGCCCCUGUUUGGGGCGCUGCUGCAAGAAGCGCCCCGGAAGUCCCCCGGACGGCGGCUGCCUCGCGGGCGCCCCCUACAGUACAUGCUGGCGUUGUACCGGCAGAACGCCGAUCCGCACGGGCGCCCGCGGGAGAAGCGCAUCUUCAGUGCCAACGCCGUAAGGUUGGUGAGUCCGGCGGGCCGCCGCGCGCUACCCCCGCGAGGUCCCUGGUACGUGCAAACCCUAGACUUCCUGCUUGAGCCAAACCGUGACAUGGAGCAGCUGGUAAGGGCCACUGUUGCUUACCGCCCUCACCUCCGCCUCUCUCACUCUCAUCUCUCCUGCCACGUGGAACCCUGGGCCCACAAGAGCGCCAUCCUCCUGGAAGAAGGCUCCCCGGGCCUUGCUCUGCCAGAGGCCUGGGCAGAGAGAGAUCUCACCGAUUACAUUCAGCAGCACGUCUGGCCUGCAAAGGGGAAAAGAGUCCUUCACAUUCAAGUCAGGUGUCAGCAGCAAGAAAGGACACAGAUUGGCCUCGGGUGGAGUCAGGCUUUGGCUACUGACACUGCUUUCCUGGUUCUGUAUUUCAACAAUACCUUUAAGAAUGUGCCACGAACUGGGCUGCAAGAACUUCUGUUGGAGAACCCUGGGGGAGCUGAUCUCUUUUCCCUGGCCCGACCAGUCCGUCAGGUGGGCCCUGUGAGUUCUGAGGCACCUGGCCAGUCGCUGGAGCAGACCCAGUGUUCUCUCCACCCUUUCCAGGUUAGCUUCCACCAGCUGGGCUGGGAGAACUGGAUCAUUGCCCCCCACCUGUACAGCCCCAACUACUGCAAGGGGACCUGUCCACGGGUGCUACACUCUGGCCUCCACUCACCCAACCAUGCCAUCAUUCAGAACCUUAUCAAUGAGCUGGUGGAUAGAAGUGUCCCUCGACCCUCUUGCGUCCCUUACAAGUACACGCCCAUUAGUGUCCUGUUGAUUGAGGCCAGUGGCAGCAUCCUGUACAAAGAGUAUGAGGACAUGAUUGCCCAGUCCUGUACCUGCAGGUGAGCAUGGAGGCCAGGAGGCUCCUGCUUACUGGGUACUAUUGAUCUCGAGGUGCAGCACUCUUUUCACCAAUCCCCAGACUCUUUAUCUGCCACCCCCACCCCACCAGGCACAGUCACUCUUUGUCUGAUGAUCACCUCACUUUUAUACUCACAAUUGAUUUAAAAACCAAACCUAGGCCUUGAACACAACUGAGUACCUAAUGUCUUGGGAGAUUGUUCCUUUGGGGGUCCUGCCUCCUACUCUCUUUCUUCCUGUUGGGUGAGAAGCCAUCUUGCGGGAAGAAUCUUUGAGAUUGAUAUGGUUGAAGGUGUGGCAGCUUGUUCUUUCAGAGUCUCAGCCCUAACCCCUAGACAAGUCUCACGUUCUCCCUUCAAGAACUUCUGCUUGCCCCAGCCCAGGGCUGGGCAGAGCAGCCCUGAGCUCCAGAGGGAAAAGGCCAUCGGGCUUGUCUGAAAUACAGAUUCGGUGAGGGGGAUGGGGCAGGGAGGCCUCCUAGGGUAGGGGCCAGGGUUCUGGGCACUCAUGGCUCUUGAAUCUGCUCUGGGCCAACAGCCUUUGCUCUCACUGUGGCUGGGCCUUCUGGAACCCCAUUAUUCUCUAGCUGCUGCCUGGGCCCUCAUGGCCCAUUUCUUAUGAGGAAGUGUGGGCUGAGGGAGGAUUCCUGGGAUUGAUUGAUUAUAGGAUUCAAGUCUCUUCAACCCAUGUGUAUGUGGUGGGGAAGAGGGAAUGAGGAGCUCGGAUCCCUUCCUCAGCCUUCUUUUAAAAAAAAAUUCUAGGACAGAAAGUUUCACUGAGUGGUUUCUCAUUUUAUGUGCAAGUAAAGCCAGCCCACGAGAUGGACUGUGUGUCACUGGGAGCUAGCCUUUGGAGGGGGUGGAGGGCCCACAGUCAGGCAGCUCCAGCAUGCUACUUCAGGAUGGGGUGGGAGGCCCCGCUGUGCUAGGCCAGGGGUGGAAGGCAGGCAGUCACUCACAGCUUUGCUGUUAAUUUUAAACUCUAGUAAGGCCAAGGGCCGUGGCUGUGGGCCCAGCACUUCCUUGAGGAAGUUCUGCCACCACAUGAGCCAGGUUUGAAGGGCCUUGUACAACCACCUCGGGGGAGGCACUGCCUGUACCAAGUGGCCUGUUCUUUCUGAUGGAGCGUAAAUGAUAUGAACAAUGGGAGUUUUCUAUUUUUGU